UUUACGUCUGUUAUUUUCUCUGAAAUUAAUUAUACAGAUUAAAAGACACUGAUUUAAAUGAACAUAUUAAGUUUUAGAUUAAAUGCAAAGUGCUGAAUCGGACGGAUGUCUUUGCCACACUUUGUUUACAUCGAAACUCUACCUGGCGCGCAGUAGAAAAAGGAGGAGUCGUCGCUCUGCUUCACGCUGAUUGGACGCGCCGACACAGGAAGUGACGUCAGCAGCAGCCGUUUCACCUUUAAUUUAAAACCGGAACAAACAGGGGAGAUGGGCUAUUGAGUGUUUUAGCGGCUGUUGUUAUGUGACUGUGAGGACUGAGUGUUUAAACAGGAUUUAUGAGGGAACUGUAACUGGGUUCAUCUGGACCGCAGCUGGACGACAAGACGAACUUCAAGAUGAUACCUGAACAUUAGCUAAACGUCAUUAUUAAAUAUUUUACUCUGACCCAACGCCUCCUUUUUUAUGUACAGGGAUUUAUCAUAGAGGUGCUUUUAAUACGUCUGAGCUGCAAUGGAGGCGCUAAAGUUUGCUAGAACCAGGAGGAGAGUCAGCGGGGCUGCCGGGCUGCUGUGGCCGCUGCUCGGUGCGUGUCUCUGGGCUGCGGUGGUCGGCUACAAGCCGGUGAUCAUCGUGCACGGCUUGUUCGACAGUUCCGAGGAUUUUAAGAACUUACAGCGGUUCAUCAACGAGUCUCAUCCUGGGACCAAUGUGACGGUCAUCGACCUGUUCGACAGAGGAGCCAGCCUGGAGCCCAUGUGGAAGCAGGUGGAGGGAUUCAAGGCAGCUAUUUACCCAAUCAUGCAAAACGCUGCAGACGGCGUUCAUUUUAUCUGCUACUCUCAAGGUGGACUCGUCUGUAGAGGGAUCGUCUCCACUCUGCCUGACCAUAACGUCCACUCGUUCAUCUCUCUGUCUGCGCCUCAGGCUGGGCAGUACGGAGACACAGACUACUUGAAGUACCUCUUCCCUCAGUUUGUGAAGUCGAACCUUUACCACCUCUGUUACACUGUUAUUGGUCAGAGGAUCUCCAUCUGCAACUACUGGAACGACCCCCACCACAGAGACCUGUAUGUGAACACCAGCGACUACUUGGCUUUAAUUAAUAGCGAGAGACCGAACCCAAAUUCAACAGAAUGGAAGGAGAACUUCCUGAAGAUCCAGAAGCUGGUGCUGAUCGGAGGACCGGACGACGGCGUCAUCACCCCCUGGCAGUCGAGUCAGUUUGGAUUUUAUGACGACAACGAGACCGUCAUUGAGAUGCAGCACCAGGAUCUGUAUCUGAGGGAUGUUUUUGGCCUGAAGACGCUGGCGGCCCGCGGAGAUCUGAUCCUCUGCUCUGUUCCGGGCGUCGAGCACGUCAGGUGGCAUUCGAAUGAGACGGUGUUUCACACGUGCAUAGAGAAGUGGCUGGUGUAGCGAGACACGCACACACCCGCGCCGACAGAUGUUCUGCAGUCUAUUAAGCUUGUAGCCUGAUAAACGACGAGAAUCUCCACAAUCCCAGUUGGUUCCGAUUUAAGGAUGCUAUCUGAUUGCUUAGAAUCAGACGUCUAACAGUGAUCGGUUUUCUCUUACUUUAUAGGUUUUUUCCAUUUGCAGAUAAAAAUAUCUUUAUUUAUGCUUGUACUUUCAAGUUGUAAAGAGUUCUACAUGUAUUUAAGAGGGGAACCUUUUGAAGUCUGCACAGUCAGUAAGAAGCUACAGCCAACCCUUUACCUCCCUCUCACACAACGUGCAACAACAAUGCCAAUACCUUAUUUGAAAUUACUAAGAUGAUGAAUUUCUUUCUGACAUUUUAGAGAUUUCGCCGACCUGCCAAAGUUCUUAGAACACAGAAAUGGGUUUAAAUUUAGUCUCCGGAGCAGGAGUGUUCAGAAAAAUCUGGUGCGACCAGAAUUUAAUGAGUUCAUCACUUUUCACCGAGUUAAGAAGUAUCUUUUAGUGUCAGUGAGGUGUUGAACCUGAAGUCAGAGAUGCAAGAAGGUAUUUUAAAGGAAACUUCUUCCUACAACGUGUCGAGGCGUGUCUUCAGUUCACUUGGGCUGCGAGAGAGAGCAAGACUUUCAGCAGAUAACAGGAAGGCUGAAUGGAGUAAAGCAAAGUUGCUCCAUUCCAUCUUUUUUAGUUUUCAACCACUUUCUGUUAUGAAAACUGUUUCUCAGAGUUCAGAUAGCAAUCUGCAUUCUUUACUGUCAGCGCUAGUUUAGCAUCGCUAGCCAAAUAAUUGCUAACGUGUUUAGAUUGUAAUGACCACUCGCGCUACAAAGAUACAAAAAAACAAACAUUUGAAUGCUGUUAGAGCUCACUGUACUAUAGUCAUAAAGACAAAUUUGAAUCAGGUGUAAAUCUGUACUGCUGGGUCAAAGAUUUACAUAAAAAAAUUAGCAAUUAGCUACAAAAUUGUAAUUGUUGUAUCUCUGCUUAAAAUAUUUUAUUACCGUAUUUUUGGACUAUAAGGUGCACUUCAAAAUCCUUAAAUUUUCUCAAAAAUUGAUGGUGCACCUUAUAUAUGGUUACCGUACUUGUGCUUACUGACCGUUUUUAUGUGGUACCAUGCGCUCAAAAAUGUGUCAAAAAGUGUAAGUAUGACUUUGGUUAGCAACGAAGCCGCGCCGCUCAAUAUUCGGAGCAUUACGGUACACUGUAUCACUAUUUGAUUGGCCCCAUAACAGAACCCCUAAGAAGUCUACAAGACUGCCUGACUGCAAUGUCUAAACUAGAAGUGCAUUCAUGUAAGGCAGUCCUCGCCUGGAGUACAC